CGGCGUCAGAACCUUAAUCGUCACUGAUCGGUUUUGCUGAUCACUUUUGCUGCAUCACUUUAGCUUCAUCAUACAGGUUUACCCCUAUGUGUAUCCCUAGCGGGUAACUUAUACGGGGGAGACGGUCAUUCGAGGGAGGCGAUUAUUUUAAACGUUUCCGUCAAAAGGAGGCGAUUAUUCGAACGAGGCUGUUAAUCGAGGGAGAGCUAUUAUUCGAGGUAAUACGGUAUCAUUAGUUCAGAAUUUUCUCUGAUUCUAAUUUAUGUUUGGCUAGGAUCUAAAAGUAAUUCCAAAAAAAUCAGGUUUUGGACAUUUUGCGACAUGGUAGGAGCUCUACUUGAAAGCGUUGGCCCAAUAUUUUCAACUUGCAAUCCCUCUCCAUGCUGGUCAUCGAAAGCCGAAGGCAUUCACACUUCCGAUUAAUAGUAGAGUAAUUUUGAUUAGAACUAAAGCAUUAGAGUCGAGAGUUUCCUUUGAUUCUAAUCUGGUGUUUACGGUCUUCAGGUGAUGCUUAAAAAUCCUGCCAUAACUCUUGUAAGGACAUAGACGUGUAGUAUAAUCUAAAUAAAGUUUGAAAGACUGAUUUAUGUGUUUCUCGGAUCAUUAUACCCUGCCUACCUACCCCUUCCCCUAGACAACAUUUUGCCUCAAGCGGGAAAUAAGUGUCAAUGUUGGCUUAAGGGAGGGGUAGGUGGGCAGGGUAUAAUGAUCCCAGAAAUUCAUAAAUCAGUCUUUCAAACUUUAUUUAGAUUAUACUACACGUCUAUGUCCUUACAAAAGCUAUAGCAGGAUUUUUAAGCAUCACCUGAAGACCGUAAACACCAGAUUAGAAUCAAAGGAAACUCUCAACUCUAAUGCUUUAGUUCUUUAAUCUAAUGUCAGUAUGUUCUGUGUACCGCACUUUUUCGAUUUUCAUAGUACUCUUUGUAUUAUUUCUUGGUGCUAACAGGAAAGAGGAAACGAGGACAGUCAACUUCAACUGUUGUCGUCCGCACAAAAUUCUCCGUUCUACAGAGAAUAGCACUUGAGGCAUUGUACAAGGAUACAAAGUACCCUGCGCAUGGAGUCAUAGAGGAAUUUGCAAACUCGUAUAAUCUAGAUUCAAGAACUGUGAGGAUUUGGUUUAACAAUAAAAGACAGCGGGGAGAAACUAGCGGGAACGCAGCAACAUCAGUGGAAUCAGAUGACAGUGUCACAGAAUCAAAAGAAUUGAUUUAAUUUUUGUGAAUCUUUUAUCACUUAAUACAUUGUAAGUCUUAACGAUUAAUCAGUGACAUUAUUAAAUAAUCCGUGAUAUCUCUAGCAUAAGAUUAUACAUUUCCUUUAAUUUAAUUAAUAGCAGUCAAGGUUGACUGCAUGUCAGUUGUAUUUUCUUCUUCCAGGGCAAGUGAUUCUGAUCUUGCAGGCCCAACUCUUAUUUCCCUCAGAGCAACAUUGGUGCCCUCCUCGAGCCGUUUGGGACAUUAUGGAAAACAAAACCCUCUUGCAACGCUGGCGGUAAUCAGCGUUGCUUAGUCCGUAAAUAAAUGGAUUAGCGCAAAUGGUGGUGAAGGCGAGAAAUACUAUGUAAUAAUGUAUGGCACAAUCUGUUGUCGCUUUCCCCGCAGUUGCAAAGAUAAAAAAAAAUGGUUUGAAGCAAAACGUAUAAGGAAUAUACAAGUCAUAAGACCGAUCAUUCUAGUCAUCUUUCCUCGUCACGCGUAGUUUGGCCUUGCUCGCAUCUGACGCAACAGGGGAGUUGUUUGUCGUCACGAUCAUGUGUACGUACAAUCCAAUCAUGGAAAGGCACGGAAAGAACGUCUUCAUGAUAAUAUUGAGUACUGUUUGGGACGUGCAGAGGAUAGAGCCUGAGAAAAUGAAUUUGACUGUACAUAUGUCAUGGGAGGAUGAAUUUGGUUCAUAGACCGAAUCAAGUAUGCCUUCUCCAGUCAGAAGGAAUGACCAGAUCCAGCAGAAAAUGAGGUACCCAGUGAGUCUCUUUCCCUUGAUUAUGAUGCCAUAUUUAGAAGGCUUUACAACAGCAACCCACCGCUCUAUUGUUAACAGCAAUGUGAUGUAAACGGUGAAAAUAGGAGCUGAAAGAGAAAACUCGACUCCAGAAUACACGACAGAGGAUCGUACCUAGAACUUCAUUACUUGGACGACGAAUAAGGUCACCAAGCUCAAAUCCUGGGCUUGUGAGUCAGCACAUCAGAUACGGCAAGGCAAAGAAUGAAAACGUUGUAGGACUUUUUUAGUAGGUUUUUGUCACAGACAAACACUUGAAUGGUCAACGUGUUUCCAAGGAUUCCAAAGAUGGAAAGAAUACAGUUGGUAAUCUGGGAUUUGGUUAGUCCGCCUUCCAUUGCAUCCUUUGAUCAGUGGAAGGUAGUCGACGUCACUGUAUCAUGCAGCGAACUCGAAGCGAACUGUUCAUAUAAGAAAUCUUACUCUUUGAGUCCUCGUAGUGAUUUUAGGCGAAGUCAGUAUGUCACUGAUUAGUUGUUUCUAUGUUGUUAGUCUCACACCAUGACGAAACCAACUUUUAAAGUAACAGGUAAAAUAAUUCAUAUUGUAAAUGCUAAAAAGAUGAAUUGUGUAGUUAUCAAAUACCUCCCCUCUCUUCUAUUUAUAAUUUCGAAAAAUCGUGAAAAUAUAAUAUAAUGUAUUUUGUCCAGAUGUCAAUAACUGACAUCCUAUACUAUGUUAUUAUUUUUGUGUAUGUGCAAGGUCAAUUAAUUCUCUGUACAGAGCUCUGAACUAAAUCUAAAAAAUAUUCUUCGUCUUCAGGGGCAAAAAGGGUUAUCGAUAUAAAUCUAAUCUUAUCUUAUUAUAUUAGCUCAGUUACUGAUGUUUAGUCAGCCAACCGACAUUAAAUCGAAGUAGGUGUGCUUAGAGGGUGGCAAGCGAAAUCAGGUUGGGUUCCGGUCUUAAUUCUGAUAACUGUGGAGGGUGGUGCCUUUUGGGAAACGUUUUUAGACCAGAAAAUAAUGUUUUUUCUCAAAGAUAUAAUUGUAAUCAACGAUAUAAUCACUAAGUUAAUUCUCCCAUGAUACAUAAAGAGGUUGGGAGCAUUGAAUCAAGCAUAUGGUUAUAAAAAUUGAUUUGAAUCCAAGAUAAUGCUUUAAGUUAUUUCGUAUUCAUGGAUCGUCGUAUAAUGUAUGUGGUGUUCUUGAUCUCCAUCGUUGACACAAUUGUUUUCAUUUAAAAGGAGAAAAACAGAUCUACAAAACCAAAGCACUCAUCGUGAAAAGAACUUUAAACAUUACAGAAAAAUUUACUUAAUUCAAUAUCGAUCAGGUCAAUUUCCUCUUACAGCAAAGCAGGGAUCAAAGGAUGCUAUUAUGUAAAUAUUUUUACCUUUUCUGUUUUUGUGAUCUCUUUUCGUAUCGUAAGGAUCACUUUGAAGCUGUUUUUAGUUUUUUUUGUAGUGCCUUUUCAAUCUUUUGUGUUUUCUCUUUCCGACAGGCACCAUCCUCCACUGCAAUUUUAUGUUAAACAAUGUACAGCACUUGUUUAACGGAAGACGUACUCUAGUGUGUGAGUUUAUUUGCGUGAGACUGAUAGAUAUCUUUGCACUUGUUUCCCCUUUGGUAGAUAAACUAGGACACACGAAAUUCCUAUACUAAUUUAUAUCAAUUCAUCAUGUGACUUCAACUUCAACUCUAUUUAUUAAAAAUGGUUUUUAUCAUAGACUGGCCCGUAAAAUAGCAAUUGCUAAUCUAGGCGGCCCAGUUAAAAGAAAAAAAAAUACGUGAAGGCAAG